GAGAGCAACAGGUCUAAAUCCUGUCUGUGCACAGCCACUCGCAGAUAUCAAGGGCCUGAAACACUGCAUCUGAAUCCUUUUAUUUCAUUGCAUUCUCCCUGAAUAUUUAUAAACAGCAGCAAUGAUAUUUCGGACAGCAGUAGAGCAUGCUAAGAGGCACCCUGGGCUCAUCCCACAGUUCUUCUUCAUCUGUCUGGGAAUUGGUGGGGCUUCUGUGUAUCUGUUUCGGUUGGCUAAAGGACCCCAUGUCACCUGGAACAAGACCAACAACCCAGAGCCAUGGAAUAAACUUGAUCCCACGUACCAGUACAAGCUGGUGGCCAUCACCACCGACUACAAAAACCUAAAGAAAGAUGGACCUGAGUUCUGAAUCUCCUGCUGGCCUGAAAAAGAAUAAGAAAAUCCAGAUGUAGGGUUGAAUCCACUGCCUCUCGCCCCUUCUAUGUACUGUUUAUGUGGGAGGUGAAAUGCAGCGAAGGUCAACGUCUGUAAACCUUUAGUGUUUGUGAAACAUCUGGUAAUCUGGUAAAUGGGGCCAUCAUGGUCAAUGAAUUAACUCAUAAAGCACAUAUGGAUAUUGAAAAAGUUGAAUAUGCACUCUUUUUAACACACAUUUAGGAGAGACAUAUCCCACCUAAGCACAUACUUCCCAAUGCCUCACACAAGAGGUAUUGCAUUUUUAGAUCAUUUAAUUCAAAUAAGGGAUUAUUUUAUCACAGAUAACUAUUUUGACUGACCAUGAUGCUGUGGUUAUAGAAAUGUCUGUGUAUCAUUUUGAAUGUGUCAGGCCUCUGACUCUGUACACCUCUGGGCUGGAUUCUUUCAAUAAAGAGUCUCUCCGUUUCA